ACAAUUUUCCACGUGGAAAAUCCCAGACACAAAUUUUUAUUUUUUGAUUUUAUUUUCAUAAAAUUUUCCGUGCAAAUUGUCGGAAUUUCUAACCUCCCUUCUCACUUUCCCCGUCUCUCUCCUCUUUUUUCAUUUUAUUUCUCAACUAUAUCCGAAUAUCCGACGCUAAUUGAAGAAGAUACUUUCACAAUUAACCCUAAUUCUUCGCUCAUUUUCAUCAAAUUAUCUUCAAUUGAGGGUUUCGGCGUUAUCGGUUUGAAUAGUGUGGAAUUUGAAAUUGAGCUAUGAUUUUGGGCGAAUUUUGAGUGUAUCAAUCAUCAAACAAACAAUGGCACUUACUGGUUCCUUGCAAUUAUCUCCUUCAUUGGGGAUUUGCAAGAGCCAAGAGCGAAGUAGACAAUUUAAGUAUGUUACAGGAAGAGGGAAUCAGCAUUUGCUCUUCAGUACGUUAUCUUCAUGUGCUUCUAGACAAGAUUCAUGGACACAUCGGUUAUCAUCUAGUGUAAAUAAACCACUAUGUAGCCUGCCUUACAGGUGCAGUGUCCUGAAAUGCCAUUCUUUUCUAUUUUUGGGUCACAAUGUUUCAAUUCCUAGCAUGGAGACUGCUUCUGUGGCAUUGACAAGGUCAUGCAAUGCUUUACAAGCUAGUCCCCUUCUCAAUAAAUUGGUUCCAGCUGUUGGCAUUAUCAUAUUCACUCUAUGGGGUUUGGGGCCACUCAUGCGAAUGAGCAGAAAUAUUUUCUUAAAGAAAACUGACAGCACUUGGAAGAAAAGUACAACAAACCUUGUUUUGACAUCUUAUCUGCAACCCAUGUUGCUGUGGACUGGCUUAUUUCUUAUAUGCAGGGCUUUGGAUCCUAUUGUAAUGCCUACAGAAGCUAGCGAGCUUGUCAAGCAACGAUCUCUGAGUUUCGUGAAGUCACUCUCAACAGUUCUGGCAUUCGCCUACUGUUUGUCAAGUGUGAUUCAACAAGUUCAGAAAUACUUGAUGGAGGCAAAUGAUCCCUCUGAUGCACGAAAUAUGGGUUUUCAAUUUGCUGGGAAAGCUGUAUACUCUGCAGUUUGGGUUGCAGCGGUUUCAUUGUUCAUAGAGCUGUUGGGUUUCUCUACACAGAAGUGGAUGACUGCUGGAGGCCUUGGAACUGUGCUGCUGACACUUGCUGGACGUGAGAUAUUUACAAAUUUCUUGUCAAGUAUAAUGAUUCAUGCUACACGACCAUUUGUAUUGAAUGAAUGGAUUCAAACAAAAAUUGAAGGGUAUGAAGUCUCGGGCACUGUUGAGCAUGUGGGGUGGUGGUCACCGACAAUUAUAAGGGGGGAAGAUCGUGAGGCAGUUCAUAUUCCUAACCAUAAGUUCACAGUGAAUGUGGUGAGAAAUCUCAGUCAAAAAUCUCAUUGGCGAAUCAAAACCCAUCUUGCAAUCAGUCACCUUGAUGUUAGUAAAAUUAAUAAUAUUGUUGCAGACAUGCGUAAAGUCUUGGCCAAGAAUCCUCAAGUUGAACAGCAAAAGCUUCAUAGAAGAGUAUUUUUGGAAAACAUCAAUCCUGAAAAUCAAGCUCUUCUGAUAUUGAUUUCCUGUUUCGUGAAGACGUCACACCAUGAAGAGUAUUUGUGUGUUAAGGAAGGUAUAUUGUUGGAUCUUUUGAGGGUCGUCAGCCAUCACAGGGCUCGACUUGCCACACCAAUUAGGACUAUACAGAAGUAUUAUAAUGAGCCUGAUUUGGACAACAUGUCAUUUUCAAGUUCAUUUUUCACUCGUGGUGGACCCGUGUCAAAAAGCCAAAUGCUUCUCAUUGAACCUCCUUACAAGAUAAAUGGAGAAGAUAAGUCAAAAUCUCAGGCUCGUACAGUUCGUGGAAUCGGAGAGCAAGACAGUCGUGGCACAGGACAGCCACCAGGAGAACAGAAGACUGACGAAAGUAAAGUCAAAGGAACAUCAGCACCUGACUUAGAUAAGAAAGAAAACGUUAAACAUGGCAACAAGGCUGAGGGUAAAGUGGGCGAGACUUUGCAUUCGAGAUCGAAAGAUGAAAACAAGGCUUCUGUGGCUUCCAAAAUGGAUUGGAAGGCUGAUAGCAAGCCUACUGGAAAUUCUACAUCUAGGCCCAUCUUGGAGUUGGAAAAGGACACAACGGAUGCUGCAGGCUCACAGUCCAAAACUGCAGGCUCCGUUGAAAACACAUCGAAGAAUUCGGAGAAUGUACUACCACCAUUGAAUACUGAAACUCAUGUUAUUAAUGACAAAACAACCGGCUCUCAGUCCAAACAGGUAGAGAAAUCGACAUCAUCUGAAUCAUCCAAACAAACAUCAGCUUCCUUGGAAGAGAAUAUAGUUCUUGGGGUUGCAUUGGAGGGGUCAAAGAGAACCCUGCCUAUAGAGGAUGAGCUUGAUUCACCUCCAACUCCAGCAGAGGCUAAAGAUUUAGCUGCACGGAGUAGUGGACCUGGAAAUUCUGCAGGAGAGAAGGAUGGAAAAGACAAGUAGGAAAGUAAUUAUUUCAAUUGACCUUUGCUUGCACAAACUAAUCCCUCAAGCUUCGUUGGGCUUCAUUGCUCCUUGUAAAUCGUUAAAGAGCUAGUUUACCAUUUCAUUGCCAGUUGGGUGUGGUAUUUGUUUGACACCGAACUGGCAAGUUGUCAGGUGUUGAUAUGCAAUUAUUAGGAGUCUACAGUGUUUAGAUUUGUGUCAUAGCAGAUUUGCAGUUCUCUGGUGUUGAGACUGCACAUUCUUCAUCAAUCUCCUCCAAAUUGUUCCAUAUUAAGCUCCAGUGUCAUAUCCAUUCUGGGUAGUAAAGUUGAUGUUGAGGUAGGAAGAUAUAUUUUGAUUCCAGUAUCCGGAGUAUCAAUUACCAAUGAUUCAUUCUUAUAUUGUGUGGUUCAAGUUCGGCCGUUCAAGUAAAAAAGUAAGCUGCUCUAUAUAUGCACCUGGUUCCUGUUUGGAUGAUAUAAAAGUACUCAUUUGCAUUUUUUGUGAAGUGUAGAACAUUGUAAAGUUGUUUGGUUCACAAAAAUGCAAGUUUUUUUUUUUUUUUUUUAGCAAAAUGGCUGAAACUGUUGCCUAAUCAUUCUUGUGUAAUUUUACACAGCUAAUUUGGUACGAGACUUUUUGUAGGAAUCUCAUAAUAUGAACUAACUUAGUGUCUCCUCAUUUA